AUGAUAAGAUUGUCGAAAAGAUUUCUUGCCACAAUUGUAAUUUUACUACAAUUACUACCUAGCACUUGGCUGUAUUGUUACCAAUUAAAAAUGUCUUCAUUUCGUACCACGGAAACGCCCGACUAUCGCUUCGUUAUGACUUUACACAAUAAUCAGACACUGUCCUCGAUAACUCGUGUCAUCAAGGCUGUACCCAUACCCAUGUGGAAUUUAAUUCUAGUGCAACAUAAUAAUGAUGUUCGACGCGGCUCUAAGGUUGAGGCUAAAAAGAUUCUGUACAAUUCUACCUAUAAAGUGUGUGAAUUUUGGCGUUAUGUUAAACGUAUUCGAGUUUUUAACAAUGUGGCUCAGAUGCUGUUUAACAAAAAGGGAAUGGGCAAUAUGAGUCUAAAGUGCCCCUUAGCAGUGGGUACUUAUGUUAUGCAAAAUAUUCAUGUACCGCCCGAUACGGGCAUUUUGAAGUUCAUGUACUGGCCCAAUACCAUCUACAGUCUGUUUGGCAAUGUCUAUUCACAGCUGCCGGACAAGAGAAUGGUUCUGGUGUGUUCGUAUGAAAUUAAUGCGACGGUGAUAAAGUCUUGUAAGUGA